GAAAGAUGUCUCCACGCACAAUAAAAUCCCUUGGGUUCCCACUUGAAUCAAAAAAUUAAACCUUUCGUAUCCAAAAAUUUCCCAGUAAAUCUCUGCAAUUCAACAUUUUAUAUACACAAGCAAUUCGAAAAGCACACAAAUUAAAAUCACCUAUUUAUUUCUGGAUCUCUCUCUCUCUCUCUCUCUAGGUUCUGCUUCUGCGUCUCUUUGCCUCCCGCUGAUUGCCCUCUUAUAUGGAGUCCACCGUUGGUUGAACUCUGUUAUGGAAAGAUUCUGGUGUUCUGUUGAUAAAUGUGGUUGACUCUUCAAAUGACAUGGAAUUUUCUUUCCUUUGUUUGUCACUUUAAGAUUCUUAUAAUCGGAGCUUUCUUUGAUUAGACACGGUGUAUUGCAAUUCUUGGCAAUUUUACUCAAUGCUGUUAGUUCUUUCAAAUAAAUUUACCCGUUUAGUUUUAUCUGCAUUUGGUCGUAAAUAAUCUAUGUGUUAGUAUCCUUGGUUUUCUGUUCAUCUGGGUUCUGUGAACCAAGUAUAAUUUAUGAUGAUUUGCAGAUAUUGGCUUCCCAAAUACUCGUUAUCCUGGUUCGUUAAUCCUAUUUUCUUAAUUCAUUUGUCAAUGGCGGAUUUGGAAAAUGCUCUUCCACUUAAUAAGAAGCGAGCUGCUGGGAGGGAACUCUCUCGGGAUAACCCAGGCCUUGAUGACGAGGACGAUGCUUCUGAACCAGAGGCAGGAACUUUCAAGAGGGCCAGUGAGGAGGUGCUGGCAACCAGAAGAAUUGUUAAGGUUCGUCGCCAGCAGACUACAUCUGCCCCCACUGCUAAUACUUCCAAUCCUUUUGCUGGCAUACGCUUGGUUCCUCCAACAGAAGAAAGUCCAGCCCCUGCUGAAGCUGCAGCUAGCUCACCACCUGCCUGUGAGACACGAGUUUCAGAUGAGGAUAAUAAGCAGCCAGAAAGCAAGGUUGAACAGGCUGAUCAAGUUGGGGAUGACUCUGCAGCAGAUAAGGAGAACGUUGUGAAGGAGAACAAUGAAAUUUCCAGUGAGGCAACGGAACCUGAACCAGAUGUGGGUGAAAAUAAGACAAAUGGGGGUGAGACGGUAAAUGAGGAAGAGGAAAAGGCUGAAAUUAAAGAUAAGAAAGAUAAUGAAGAUAACAAGGAUAACAAAAGCGAAAAUGUAGAUCCAAGUCCGGAAGGUAACUCGUUGAGCUCAUUCCAACAGCUUUCGAGUAGCCAAAAUGCCUUCACAAAUAUCUCUGGAACCGGGUUCUCCACAUCUAGUUUUUCAUUUGGGCUUAUUUCAAAGGAUGGGUCCACAUUGGGUACUGGCUCUGGUUCACUUUUUGGAUCAAAUAUUGAUAAGCCUUCUGGUUUUGGUCUCUCGAGUAAUGGAAGUUCUUCACUCUUUGGCACAUCAGGCCCCUCAAUUGUACCUAAGAGUGAUGGUGCUGCCUUCCCGCAAAUGCAAGAGGUUGCAGUUGAGACUGGGGAAGAAAAUGAGAAAGUGGUUUUCACUGCUGAUGCUGCGUUGUUUGAGUUUAUUGAUGGAGGCUGGAAGGAACGUGGAAAGGGAGAUCUGAAAGUUAAUGUAUCUGAAUCUGAGAAAGCCAGACUUGUUAUGAGACUGAAGGGAAUUAGAAAGGUAAUUCUGAAUGCAAGCCUUUACCCAGACAUGAAGCUCGCGAACAUGGAGAAGAAAGGUGUUACAUUUGCCUGCAUGAACAGCAUCGAUGAAAAGAAGGAUGGGCUUUCCACCUUUGCUUUGAAGUUCAAGGAUGGUUCCGUAGUCGAGGAAUUUCGUGCUGCUGUUACAGCACAUAAAGAUAAAGGAAAGGCACCUACAGCUAUGAAGACUCCAGAAAAUUCUCCCAAGGCAUCAGAUGAUUGAAAAGGUAGCUUAUGUCAAUGCUUGCUGAGUUUCAUUUCCUAUAGCGACUUUGCCCUGUUGUUGUCCUUGCCCCAUUUUGGGAAGAAAGCGAAGUUGUUUUAGAGUCCGGCAGUUCCGAAGCCCUUUUGUAGCAGAGUUAUAGAGUCCUGCCCAUUUUGCUGUAGUUUUAAUUUCAGUCUAGUAUUCGGAAGACCCGUAUUAACACAUUCUGGAUAAACUUAAAGUCAGACUGUGUUAAGCUCUUUGGGACGUUGAAUGCUCGACAGAGUUUCAUAGUUGGUUGGUCCCUUCAUAUGUAAUGUGUUAAAACUGCCGUCUGUGAGAUACCCUUACCGUUUUACCUUGUGCUCUUGGAGAUCUAUGAUCACUCCUACCACCCUCCUUUCUCUUGA